CGUUCGUGACGGAACGAUACCGAAAACGAUAUCGCUGCAGCAGAAAAUUCCAAAAAAUUGCUAUAAAAUCGCAACGGUAAAACAUAGAACUAUUGAAAAACUAUAAUUAAAGUGCAAGAGUGUUAUUUGAUCAUAAUUUCUGAGCGAAAAUCUUCAAUAAAUAGUACUAAGUGGAACAAUCUGGUCUGAAACGAAUUAUAAAUUAAAAAAAGUGACUUAAAUCAUUACAGAACAAAGUGAAACUAAAAAAAAAAUCCCACUCAUACGCAUAGUGUAGUGAAAUAAUUUAACAUAAAACGGAGGAAAAUGAUUAAUGAUGAAAAAAGUAACGACCUAAGUGUGUGUUCAGCUGCUACAACAACAACAUCGGCACCAACGUCAGUGUCUAAUAUUAAUAAAACAACAACACCCGCAUCAGCAGUUACAGUGGCAUCAACAAUUAAAGCACAAAAGUCUACUGCAACCAAAUUGAAGCAGUCAGCGAACCUGCAAUCAAUAAAGAAAGCUGUCAAUAGCAACAACAGCACCAACAAUAAAAGCAAUCAUAGUAGUCUAAAAUUGGCAGCAGUAGCAGCAGCUGCUGUUACAUCUGGCACUACUACCAACAUCUCAAGUAGUAACAAUUACACUGUAAAAAAGUUGUCGAGGAAUGCGACAAAGCAAAUUGGUGGUAACAAUAAAGUCUUGACCGCCAACAGUAUCUGCACUGAUAGUUGUAUCGAUAGCACACCUACCAUUGGCACUGAAUCAAGUUGCAAAAAAACGGCUAACAACAAUAAUAACAGUAAAGUUACUAAAACAAAAUUAAUUCAAAACAAUAUUAAUAUUUCUGCUUCCGCAGUUCCCGCAGCCGCUGCUGCCACUAAUGGCAAUAGCAUCAGCAACACCAAUAACACUAGCAGUAAAAUGUCUAAAAUUGCAGCCGCCAAAGCAGCCUCGUCUAGUGCCAACCAUAACGUAAACGCCAUAGCAGCGGAUUGCGUUAGUGGUACAGCGACGACUCCAGCAACAACCGUUACAAAUACGGGAGUUGGUAUUGAUGGCUGUCCAGGAUCUAACAAUAACAUUGUCACCUCUACUCCGUCAUCUAUUCCUGCAAUAGUUUCGAACGCACCUGCCAAUACAACAACGUCUUUUACCACAGCCGGUGGUAGCGGCAACGGGAAAACAUUGGGUUCAUCAAAUAAGAAAUCCACAAACAAUGCUUCAACCGUCUCCGCUGCCACAACUGCUUCUGCAAAGGCAAAAAUUUACCAAAUAAAAACAAAUCCUUUGUCAUUAUUAGUGAGCUCCUCGCAGAAUGCCUCAAUUCCCGCAAAAACUAACGGCGAUGGCGCCGUAAAUAAUACAAGUAAUAAUAACACCGGAACGUCGUCACGUGUUGGAGCAGUAGCUGCAAUUAAGCAAAAACUGAAAGCUUCGGCGGCAGAUGCUGCAGCCGCCGUUGGUAUACCCACCGUCAUAGCCGGUAAUCCUCGUUCCGCCUCGUCGUCCACAUCGUCCAAUCUAUCGUUGGCCUCGUCUGGAACUCGACAGAAGCGGCCUAGUGAAAACUCGGAUACAGAUACGGAGCUAUCCCGUCAACCACCAGACCUGUCCGAAUCCGAUGAAGAAUCGGUUUCAGAAUCCAUCCUUUUGGCAUGCUUGUGUCUAAGGCCAGAUCUUCUGGAUGAUAUUCCGGAGUCUGAUGCUGAUAGUUGCGGACAUGAAGAGGAUAAUGAAUCUGAGGAGGACAACGAGGAUGAAGAAGAUGAUGAGGAGGAGAUCGAUGAUGAAGACGAAGAAGAAGAGGAUCCGCCAAACGAAGUAAGUGGAAAUUUCUCAGCCGGCUCUGAAGAUGAAGACGAGGAUGAAGACGAGGAAAUCCAAGAUCCAAACGAAGUGGGCGGAUCCUUCUUACUCGAUACUAACAAUGAUCGUUGCUCAGCUCUCUUCGAAGGUGAUAAGCCGCCUGUGUUACGUCAUGCCACCCACGCAAUAGACGAGACUAAACAGGCGCUGACGAAAAUGCGCGGCGCCACCACCCCACGGGACAAAACUAUUUUUUCUCAAACCCUUAUUGCUGCCUGCACUGACAACGAUGUUCCGACGGUACGCCGUUUGCUGAGCAAAAGUAAUGUGAACAUCAACGAAUCCACCGAUGAUGGCGAAUCCUUGCUUUCGAUGGCUUGCUCAGCUGGCUACUACGAGCUGGCUCAGGUGCUGCUAGCAAUGCAGGCAGCGCAAGUGGAAGAUAAGGGCCAAAAGGAUUGCACACCUUUAAUGGAGGCUGCAUCUGCCGGUCAUUUGGAAAUCGUCAAACUAUUGUUGAGUCACAAUGCCGAUGUGAAUGCUCAUUGUGCCACAGGCAACACGCCGUUGAUGUUUGCUUGUGCAGGUGGGCAUGUGGAGGUGGUGAAGGAGUUGCUGAAGCAUGGCGCCAACGUGGAGGAACAAAACGAAAACGGACAUACACCACUAAUGGAAGCAGCUUCAGCUGGUCAUGUUGAGGUGGCUAAGGUACUUUUGGAUCAUGGUGCCGGAAUUAAUACCCAUUCUAAUGAAUUCAAGGAGAGCGCCCUAACAUUGGCUUGUUACAAAGGUCACCUUAGUAUGGUACGUUUCCUACUGCAAGCCGGCGCCGACCAAGAGCACAAGACCGACGAAAUGCACACCGCUCUAAUGGAGGCAUCUAUGGACGGUCAUGUUGAAGUAGCGCGUCUGCUUUUGGACUCGGGCGCCCAAGUGAAUAUGCCAACCGAUUCGUUUGAGUCGCCACUUACAUUAGCUGCUUGCGGUGGCCACGUCGAACUGGCCACACUGUUAAUUGAACGUGGCGCUAAUAUUGAGGAAGUAAAUGACGAAGGCUAUACACCCCUUAUGGAGGCUGCACGUGAAGGUCACGAGGAGAUGGUUGCACUGCUGUUAAGUAAGGGUGCAGAUAUUAAUGCAACCACUGAGGAGACUCAGGAGACUGCCCUUACACUGGCUUGUUGUGGCGGCUUCAGUGAAGUUGCGGAAUUUCUCAUAAAAGAGGGUGCAAACCUUGAGUUGGGCGCAUCCACACCGCUCAUGGAGGCUGCGCAAGAAGGCCAUACGGAUUUGGUGCGCUUCCUGUUGCAGAAUAAGGCUAAUGUGCACGCAGUCACACAGACAGGUGAUACGGCUCUAACGCAUGCCUGCGAAAAUGGGCACACAGAUGCGGCAGAGGUGCUACUAAGUUACGGCGCAGAGCUGGAGCACGAAUCCGAGGGCGGACGUACACCUCUGAUGAAGGCGUGUCGCGCCGGUCAUUUAUGCACUGUGAAAUUCCUCAUACAAAAAGGCGCCGAUGUCAAUAAGCCAAGCAGCAGCAAUGACCACACACCCCUUUCCUUAGCUUGUGCCGGCGGUCAUCAGGCGGUGGUAGAAUUGUUGCUAAAAAAUUGCGCCGAUCCCUUUCACAAAUUGAAAGACAAUAGUACCAUGUUAAUUGAAGCGGCUAAGGGCGGCCAUACACGCGUUGUCGAAUUACUUUUCAAAUACCCGCUGUUCGUACAAAACCAUCAGAACGAACUGCAAUCAGCAGCGGCUGCUGCAGCAGCGGCUAAUGUUGCCAGUGCUGCUGGAGCUGUGGGCAUCAGCAACGCUACAGCGGCUAACCAACUGCGCUUCAUAAAUCCGCAACAACAAAAACAAUUCCAACAGCAGCUACAACAGCUGAGCGCACCGCCCGGCUUGCAGGUGUCCGAAGCAAUGCGCGUUUCGAAUCAGCAACAACAAUUCCAUCAGCAACAAUUCAGUGCUAAUACAAUGACCAACACCAACGUUACGAACAAUAACAAUGUUGUCGUAAACACCAGCUCUGGCUCAUACAGCGAGGAGCACAUGCCUUUGACUUCGACAACGGAUGCAAAUGGCGAGGAGUUCGCAGCCAUCGACAUUAACUCGCUGAGCGCGCAACAACAGGAGGCAUUAAUUGCCAAAUCGCGGCUUUUCCACUUGCAAACUGGUUUCGAGCAGGGUCUCACACUGGGCCGUGAACAACAAUCACUUACACAACCACAGCAACAACAACAGCAGCAGCAGCAACAGCAACAGCCACCCUUGCCGACUCACAACAACAAUACACAGCGCAAACAUUUCGAAUUGGAUAUGACGCACAUUAAUGCAUUAACACCACCUCAAAAGGCACCACCGGCGCCGCCCGUGGGUACUACUGGCGCACAAAACCAUCAACUGCAACAGCAACAAUUCCAGUUGCAGCCACAGUUACAACAGCAUUCAGUGCAGCCCCCAAUGAAGGCAAAGAGUAGUAAUGCUUCACGAAAAAAUCGACAGCCCCCAGCGCCUUUUGAACUUAACUUACCAACAACCAACUUGGGCAACGUCUCACUUGAGCAGCAGCAGCAGCAGCAUCAACAGCAACUAGAACAAAUGCAACAGCAAGAGCAACAGCCUGACGAAGUACGCUCCCAGCCACUGGGUGACGACGGCAGUGGCUCACUUGUUGCAGUUGCAGGAGACGCAGAUGGACAACAAAAUCGUUGCUUUAUGCGACGCUGCUUUUUCAAACCCGAAUUCCAAAAGAUUGGUAAUGAAAACAAGUCGGGAGCUGCAACGAAUGCUUUGUCCCCUGUUAGCUACAUGGAUUUGAGCGGAGUUGAGGGAGUUGAGACAAUGACUGCCAGCGGUGUUUCUGGUGUGACUACUUUGGGCGACAAUGAAAUGACUUCGAUUUUCCUAACGGGCAACACAGCCAGCGGUGGUCAAUCCCAACAAAUGCUAAACAUGCCAACGGAUAAUAUGAUGAUUGAGCUCUUAGAUGCGAGUGCUAUUGCCGAUGCAGCGGCAGAACUGCGCCAACACCAACAGCAACAACAGCAAGAUGCUACUAAAGCUAUGUUGAACACGCAGCAGUACAAUAAUAGUGGAGUAGCCGCAGCCGCUUUGGAGGCGAUGUCAGCAGUGAAUAACCUUCAAAACAAUCGUAACUUUAGCAAUAAAGGCAACAACAACAAUUUGAAUCAAAAGAGCACUCAAAUUACGACACCAUCGGAAGUGUCUCAGAGCACAGCCAUUAGCGACCGGCCAAAGGUCAAGCCAGUGUCGAAAAAGGACAACAAAAAUUUCCGUAAAACUGUUUUCCCACAAUCGCCGGUAUUGCAACAAAACCAGAUGGUAUCUAUUUACAAUAAAUUGCCCUUGCUGCUCACAAAUGAAAUCAAGCCGAGUUUGCAGACGAAACAAGUUAUCAUGACGCAAAUGGCGUUUGCCGCACAACAACAGCAGCAGCAACAACAACUCGCAAGCAGCUUAGAUAUGAGUGGUGGCGGAGACAAUUCGAUUGCACUGAACAACUCCCCAGCUUCACCUUUGGCAUCCCCAUCCAAUGCAGCUGCAACUUUUUUGCAACAACAACAACAUCACAUACCCACUAUCGGCGACGAUGAUCAUCAACAGCAUCAGCAGCAGCAACAACAACAACAUCAAGAGGUGACUUCAACCAUAUUGCAGGCUUUUCAUGCAAUGCAGUCGCGCAAUGUUGGUGAGGAAGCAGCUGCAGCGGCGCUUGCUACUGUUUGCGGUAUGAGCGCCGCAGAGCAACAGGAGUAUUUGCGGGAGCGCUACCAGUUGUAUGACAUGCCACGUUUCUUCGAUGACCAACCCAAAUCACCAACCGAAACGCCACCACCACCACUGCCAGACAAACAGCAGCUGCAGCAGCAAGAAAUCUACAACGAAGAUGGCAUUGCUGUGCUUGACGAGGAAGUGGAAUUAGACGUUGAACCAGAAGCCGAGGGCGUUACAGAAAUGAAGAAUCUUGCAACGUUGGUCACCGCCGCAGCAGCUGCCGCACCGAAUAUGCUGCUCGAACAUGUUGCAAUGGGCAAUGAAGCGCCUAAUGGCGACGAAAAUGCAUUGCAGGUGGCUGAAUAUGGUGAGGGAGAAGAAGAUGACGAUGCCAACAUUGAAGCUGACCACCCGGGUAUAACACUCGAUAUGUUGGAGGGCCACGAUUACGACGAUUGUGAGGCUGAUGGCGAAGACGACGGUAUCGGUGAGGGUGAUGACAUUGAAGAGGUGCUGGAAGAUGAUGAAGAAGAAUGUGAAGAUGACGAAUUAGAAGGUGAUGUGGAUGGCAACUGUGAGGAAGAUAUUGACGUGAGCGCAAUGGUACACCAUGGGGAUGAAAUUUCCAUUAGGAAGCGAGCUAUUGGCGGUGAGGAAGACGAGGAGGAUUACGAAGACGAGGAUGAAGAUGAUGAGGAUGAAGAGGACGACGAUGACAUGGCAUUGAGCAAUGCGAAACGUGCAAAGAGUGCACAUCGCCAGCCGCAGGCUCUGGAGAAUUUGAUUCUCUCGAAUGUCGCCUACAAAACCGAUGAACUUUCCCAGGCGCUAUGUGAUUUUCGUCAAGACUUUCCAACCGAUUUGGUGCACGUUUUUCCACCAAUUGCAAAUUUCAAAACAGCCACGGGAAGCGCAGCGUUUAGCACCUUGCAGCAAUGUACCGCAGCAGCAGCUGCAGCAGCAGCAGAUGUUGCUAACGCUGCAGCCGCAGCGGCAGAUAUGGCAAACGCCGUCAAAGUGGUCAGCCAUGAUGUUGACGGUUCAACUGCAGCUGGAGUUAUUACUGCUGCUAGCAUGUACCCGGCACUGGAGACUUUCGACCAAUUUCCUGGCGACAUGCCCGGAGACAUGGAUGAUAUAUUGCAAAUAUUCCAGAAUGAUCCAUCAUUACAGGAGCUGCAUAAUUGUGCCGAGCUGGGCGACCUGAAUUCAAUUUGCAAGAACCGCUUUAGCAGCAACUGGGUGCAGACGCCGAAGUGGACCAGCCAGGAUCACUUGAUGGCGACGCAUCAGCAAGCGCUGCUCUCGGCCGAAGACCAACAGCAGCAGCAACAACGUCAGGCAACUAAUCAAAUGCUUCUCGAAUAUCAGCAUGAGCUGCAAAUGGGGGAGCAAAUGCAGCACCAACACCACCAGACAUUUUCGUUUUUGCCACUUCCGUCAGAUGAUGCAGCAGCAGCCGCAGCUGCUGCGCAACAUCAACAAAUGCAACAGCCACUGCCACAUCAGGGUGAUUUCCUGCUACAACAACAGCAUCAACAAUUGCAACAACACCAACAACUUAUACUACAAGAAGAUGAGGAGGAGUUGAAACACCGUCAGUUGCAUAUGAUUCAGCAAUUGCAGCAGGAUCGGCAAUCUAGUGAGCGCUUGCGAAAAGCAUUGGCAGCCUGUGCUGCCAAUCAGCAUCAGCAACCGCAACAAAAACACCAGCAGCAACAGCAGCAACAACAACAGCAGCAGCAGCAACAGCAGCAUCAGGAGCAAGCCGCAGCCGCCGCUGCUAAUUACGUCUUCAAUGUUGAGAGUGGUGACAAAUCGGCACAGUCGUUACAGUUGUUAUUCCAGCUGCCGACAUCGGUGCAACACCAACAACAACAAGACGUACACGAUGCAGCACAACAGUUGCAACACCUGCAGCUGCAAGAUUUGCCAGAGAAUCAACAACUAAUGCAUGAGUUCUCGCAACAGGCUGAAAGUCUCAUGCAGCAGCAACAACAACAACAGCAGCAGCAGCAACAAUCGACAUCCCUCGAUCAGGUGGCGCAAAGCAAUCUUUUGUUGCAACAGCAUGCAUUGCAUCAGCAGGUCCUCAAGCAAAAACAACAUCAUCUGCAACAACAGCAAUUGCUAUUGCAACAACAACAACAGCAGUUGCAACAACAACAGCAGCAGCAACAACAACAGGUUCAAGUUGCCACUCAAACGCAACCACCAGUUGCUGCUCCCUAUAGCAAUGCGGCCACAGUUGCUGCUCGUGGAUCCACACAAUUCCAUGCGACUAUCUCGCCGGAUGUUGGGCUUGGUGUAUGUGCAAUUUCCACGCAACAACAAAUGGCAGCCGCUGCUGCAGCUGCCGCUCAGCAACUACCAGCACCGCCAAUGAUUACGUCCUCGAAAAUAUCCGGAGGCAUUGCAAAGAAAGCCAUCGAUAAGCAGUCUCGCAAGGAGCGUAAUCGUUAUGCAGCGCUGCGUCAAACACCAGCAGGCAGUCAAGCUAACACCACGAAUCAGCAACAAUACCAACAAACCGUUGCCACUACCACACUCGAUAAGACCAUCGACGUCGACUCGGAAACCGACUCAAAUCACGAUACCGCGUUGACAUUAGCUUGCGCCGGUGGUCAUGAGGAACUCGUUCAACUGCUGCUCAACCGUAAUGCGAAUAUUGAGCAUAGAGACAAGAAAGGCUUCACACCGUUAAUACUAGCUGCCACAGCUGGUCAUGAGAAGGUAGUCGAAAUACUAUUGAAGCAUGGUGCCGAGUUGGAGGCACAGUCGGAACGCACCAAGGACACGCCACUUUCGCUGGCCUGUUCUGGCGGUCGUUACGAGGUAGUCGAACUCUUGCUUAAACACAACGCCAAUAAGGAGCAUCGCAAUGUUUCCGAUUAUACGCCACUCAGUUUGGCAGCCAGUGGUGGAUAUGUAAAUAUUAUAAAACUGCUACUGAACCAUGGCGCAGAAAUAAAUUCACGUACCGGUAGCAAAUUGGGUAUUUCACCUUUAAUGCUGGCCGCCAUGAAUGGCCAUACAGCCGCGGUUAAACUAUUGCUGGAUCAGGGUUCUGAUAUCAACGCGCAAAUCGAGACUAACCGUAACACCGCACUAACGCUCGCAUGUUUUCAAGGUCGCCACGAAGUGGUGAGCUUAUUGCUGGACCGCAAAGCAAAUGUCGAGCAUCGCGCCAAAACCGGACUUACACCACUUAUGGAGGCAGCCUCUGGUGGUUAUAUUGAUGUGGGUCGUGUACUACUGGAUAAAGGCGCUGAUGUGAAUGCAGCCCCAGUACCGACAUCACGUGACACUGCACUUACCAUUGCAGCUGAUAAAGGACACUUGAAGUUCGUGGAGUUGCUGUUGUCGCGAGGAGCGGCCGUGGAAGUAAAGAAUAAAAAGGGCAAUUCACCACUCUGGCUGGCUGCACAUGGUGGUCAUUUGAGCGUCGUUGAGAUAUUAUAUAGUCAUCAAGCAGACAUUGAUUCGCAGGAUAACCGUCGUGUAUCGUGUCUAAUGGCGGCCUUUCGCAAGGGUCACACCAAAGUGGUGAAAUGGAUGGUGCAGUAUGUGACACAAUUUCCCUCCGAUCAGGAGAUGAGUCGCUUCAUUAGCACAAUCAGUGAUAAGGAAUUAUCCGAAAAGUGUUUCGAUUGCAUGAAAUUCAUACGCGCAGCUAAGGAGGCACAGGCGGUGAAGGCCAACCAAAAUGCUUCCAUACUACUCAAAGAACUUGAUAAUGAGCGUACACGCGAAGAGAGUCGUAGAGCUGCUGCAGCGCGUCGUCGUGAGAGAAAGAAGAAGAAGAAGUUGGAAAAGAAAGAAGAGAAACGCCGACAAAUGGAAGGCGCUAACGGUGGCAGUCAAAUGUCUGGUUCAAAUGACCAUGACGAAAAAGACUCGGAUCAAGACGACGACAGCGAUCAUGAAGAAAAUGGGCUUGAAGAUGAGGAUGAUAAUCAAAUCGCGCGGAACUACCGCGAGGAAGGUGACUCCGGCAUCGACCAAGGCUCGUGCUCGAGCACAGAAAUAAAGACUAUUAUUAUUGCCAACAGCAUUGCAAAUGACAAUAACAAUAUCCAACAGCGUGAGGGAGAUAAUAAUGGGAGGGCUGCUAAAAAUAAAAAGAAGCCGAAAAAUGUAUCACAACAACUACAGCAAAGGAAUACCAGCAAUGAGAGCAAUACCGCACUGCAAGCAAAUCUGGCAGCAGCGAGUGCAGUUGCGGAAGAUGUCCCAACUCAGUCAAAUAGAAGCGCGACCAAACAGUCUGCUUCUACUCGGAAACAGCAAGAGCGCGAGCAGGAGCUGAUGCCAGUGAAAGGUAGUAAUGGGCCUACGAAAAAGAGUGGCGCACAGACCGCAGAAGCGAAUACGCCCGCCGCGGCAAAGUCAACUGGGGCUGCUGUAGCAAGCAAAAAGGCUGAAAUGCAACAGAUUAGCUUGCGAAAAGAGGAGGCGAACAAGAAACGCGACAGCACCAAGCAACGCGAGAAGGAAAACCUUGCACCUAAAGAAACACAAUCCAGCAAUACUCGUCAAUCACAACGUGAGCGCGAACAAAAUCAACAACAUCACCAUGCAGCCAUCGAGAAAACAAAAGGUGACAAAGACAAAUUGCAUGAUUCCAACAGUUAUACAGCACAUACGUCAGCUGGCGGCGGAGGCUGUGGCGGCAGCAGCAGUACAUCCACGCGCAAAUCUCUCAUUUUCUCUGCUACGCGCAACAUUGUCGGUGGCGCUUCCGUAGGGAAUGACGAAGUCAAAAGUGGUAAGCACGAAGACUACAAUAUCACGGGCACAGCUACGCAGCAUAAGCCGAGCGCGCCAAAACGCGGCGAGGACGGCUGGAAGGAGGUGGUACGUAAGAGCUCCACACAACAGAGCAGCGCCGCCUCAUCAACGACCAGCGCCUCGACAAGUGCUUCAUCAGCAUCUACCGGCGCCAAUAGCACUGCCUCCGCUGGCACUGUUGGAGGUGGCAAUGGAGGCACCACAACAACCGUUCCUGCAGCCGCCACCGAAAUGACCUGCAAGAAGGUGCAGGUGCCAGUAAAUGCAAUUUCACGUGUUAUUGGUCGCGCCGGCAGCAACAUCAACGCAAUACGCGCCACCACAGGUGCCCAUAUUGAGGUAGAGAAACAAGGCAAAAACCAGUCUGAACGAAGCAUUACCAUAAAAGGACAGACCGAUGCCACGAAACAGGCUCACAUGCUUAUAUUGGCACUCAUCAAGGACCCCGACGUGGACAUACUCCAGAUGCUGCCGCGCAUCAACACCAGCAUAAAGGCAUCCUCUCUUCCUCUAAGCGUGGGCACCUGGGACAACAAAACUGCCACCGCAACACAGUCAUCUGCCGCAUCCACAGCUUCGUCGACGUCAUCAUCGGUAUCAACGACUGCAACACAUGCAGGCAAUACAGGUAACGGCGGCAGUUCUCAGUCCGCCAAUAGUAGUGGUGUUUCCGGUGGGGCUGUUGGCGCAUCCAAAGGUGUUGGUGUUGGCAGCGGUAAAAGUGGUAAAUCCCAGUCCAGUGGAGGCAGCGGCAAAUCUAGUUCCAGUCGCUCGCAGGCUAGCAAAUCAUCAUUUCACUCGCAACAACAACAACCGGGUAGCCGUGGCAGUCAGUCACAGUCCUCAAUCGGUAGCACGCAGAAGCUUAAAUCCCAAGAUAUGUCGAACGCGGCAGGUAGCAACAAAUCCACAGCUUCUAGCCAUGGAAAUAGUGGCAGCAGCAGUGUAAUUCAUGUGCAGAAGAUGAGUAUCACAACCAAACAGCAGCACACAAGCAGUGGCGAAAGAGGCAGUAACACCGUUGUUAACACGCAGACCUUCGCUGCCAAACUAAGUGGCACCGUCAGCACAAGUGUAGCUACAUCCGCGUAUUCACCGUCAAAGAAAGUUGGUGACGGUGUCAGUACCGGUCGCAUUGGUGCAAGUGCGCCUUAUGGUCGUGGCAAACCCGUACCGAGCAGCUCCAUUGCCUUGCCGCAGCUUGGUGCUGGCGCUGGCAACAACAGUAACAGCAAUAGCUCAAACAAUGCGCUGUCCGGUCCCAUAGGAGUUUUUAAUCCUGCCGAAGUGGCCGCUGUGAACGCUGCAGCUGCAGCAGCAGCAGCUGCGGCCGCCGCCGCAGUUUCCGCAGCAAAUACGGUCGUGUCAAGCGCUAUUACUACUACCACGACAUCAGCGACAACUUUAAUCACAGGCACAACCACUACGACUACAACUUCGACGGCAACAUUUGCGGCUGCACCUGGAAUGCGCGCAGUCACGCCAAUCGGACCACCAAACAAACGGAAUGUAGGCUCACCUGUUCCAGCAGUAACCGCUACAUCGACACUGCAGUCGCAUCAGCAGCCCACACAAAUACAACAGGCGCAGAAACAACCGCAAGCAACUCAACUUCAGCAGCAUUCGGCCGCUGUUACAUCAACACAACCACCAGUAGGAACCGCUCCAGAUAGCCAGCAGCACCUCGUAAUCAAUUGUGCUGAGCUCAGCAAUUCCGGUGGCACGAGCUCGGAUAAUGGCAAUCAACCAGGACUUAACAACGCAACAGCUGGCGGCUUUGGGGCACAGCUGGCUUCGAAAAUUAGCAACGAAUACACACUCUUCUUCAACUACCAAACGCAAUGGGGCGAUAACGUCCAGAUGUAUAACUCUCCAUCGGCGCUGGUUAGUGACCCGCUACCCAAAGCGGAUGCCUCCAAGGCGCCUGGUUACAAUCGUAAUAUACUGAAUUCACCAGUGUGCGGUAGCUCCAAAGCUUCCUCGAGCCACUCCACUUCACCGCCCAGCAGUGUGAUGCCCGCACCGAUAGGCAGCCACCAGCCACCAGUUGGUAGCGCAGCCAAUGUAGUGCCACCAUCGAGCCACAGUAUGCUUGCUACAAGUAUGUCGGGUGGCACCUCAACAGCUCGCUCUUCUCCCGGCAUGAAUACCGUAUCUUCGGUGGUAUCAAGUGGCGAUAAUGGCUCUAUCACUACCGCAAAUAUUGCAGAUCGCGUGGAUAUGGGCCUAAGUUUAGGUGGAGGAAGUGGCGCUGCCAAAGAUUUGCAGCUACCCUCGCAAGGCAACGUAGAGUCACACAUUUCACCAGGUGUUAUCAAACCUCCUGCCCCGAUUGGCCAACCGCCGUCGGCGAACACUUCCAUGAGCUCAAACAACGUCACUUCAUCGAAUAUGCCUGCAAGUGGCCUGGCAAUACAACGCCCGCCACCAAAUACUAACCAGCAGCACAGAUCCGGUAUAGUGAAUGCCUCACAUACACCACCUUCAGGCAACGUCGGUGCACUUGAUGGCAGUGCCGCCAGCACGCAACAGCCUACUAUGAACUUCGGUCCAAUCGGCCCCAACCAUUCAACGCGCAACAACAACAAUGUGCCUCCUGGUGCCAUCGGCGAGCCAUCGUUGAAUCGUUUCUAUGAACAAUUGAACAUCACCAGCAACGCACAUCACGUGAAAAUGCAGCCCCCUUAUGGCAUGCAAAUGCAUACCGGUGUGGUGGGUGGCGGAGUCGUGGGUGGUGCCGGUGGCAAUGGCAACCAUCCACUGUCGCGCCUCAAUAUGCGUAACACAGCUUUUGGUGGACCGGGUGGUGGCGGCGCUGGCAAUAUGGGAUCGAUGCAACAACCAAUCGGACAGCCACCACAGCAGCAGCCUUUGUUGGGCGGUGGUAUUUUCCAUCAACAACAUCAACCACCACAGACAAAUCCGAAUUUCCCUUCAGGCAAAUCUUUGGCGCCGGGUUGUAAUUUGGCUCCAGGUGCGCGUGCUCAGUCCCAACCACAAAAUGUACCACAAGCGCCAAAUGCUCCAAAUGCACCGCGUUGGUAUGGCAGUUAUAUGGAUGUGCUGAAUUUGGAAAAUAGUGGAAUGGGUGGGGCGGGCAACAACUCACCGGCUGCAAUGUCGCCCAAUCAGGUCGCAGUUAGCAGUAGUCUGCUGCAACAACAUGUGACCGCCCAGCAGCAGCAACAACAACAAGAUGAUAUGCGUAAAAUGCCACGACCCAUAGGCACCGAGCGCGCCUCAUGGAAAUGCAACAACUACCCAAUGAAUUUGGGCGGCGGUGGUGGCAUGCCGGGCCCAGGUUUGGACGACGGCAUGGGCUCUGGCAUGCCUGCAGCUGUAACUGGUCUCAUGCACGGUCCUUGGAUGAUGGAUAAGCCCCCACAAGCAGGUCCGCCACAACAACCGCAACAACAUUCGAAUUGGAUGAAACAACAAUAUCGUUUUUACGGUGGCGCCGCAGCUGGUGGUGGGCUGGGUGGCAUGGGCGGACCGACAGGUGGUCCCGCCGACUAUCAUCAUCAAGAUCAGUUCAUUAUGCCAAUGGACUAUCACGGCUCGAUGCCACCGCAUAAUAUGCAUCAGAAUACAGCGAUGAACCUAAUGCCACCCUAUGGCUAUCAAUAUAUGGGACAAGGUUCGGAAAUGCAGCAUGCGAUGCCGGACAAGUUGGAUACGUGGGACCACGACAAGCAGAUGUGGCACAAUUGGGCCAACUGAUGCUUUAAUGUGCUGCAACAACAACCACCCUACCAGCAGCAGUACCAGCCGAAGCAGAAGCAAGAAGGCGUCAAAUUGUCAUCAAAAGUUUUAAAAUGAAUAUUUAAUGAAAUAUUUGUGGUGUAGUCGGCAGCAGUAUAAGCGGCCAGGAGGGGAGUAAGGAAGCGAAGCAAGCGAGAGUUCAUAAACAACAAAUGCUACUAUUACAACAUAUACACAUAUACACAUAUAUACACGCACUCAACAAAAUACCCAUAUCUACAUACAUACUUAGCUACCCUACGCGUAUAUACGUAUAUAUCUUUGGAUUAAGCUGAAAAGAAAUGAAUGAAUAUGAAUAUUAAAUGAAAAAAUACAUAAUAAUUACUCUAAAAUGAAAACAGAAACCAACAACAUCAGAGAGAAUUCAAUUACUUUAACAUAAAAUCGAUAACAAACAAAAACAAAAAACGAUUGAAAUAUUUUCUUUUAUCGCUCAUUUGUGCUCAAAGACGAGCAAAGAAAGUGAAGCGUACGAAAAAAAAAACAAAAACAAGAAAAAAAACGAAA